AGCAAGUGCUUUCGAAAGUCAAACACACUCACAAACACAUCCUGUUUGUCAGCAUUGCAUCAAAAUUGCGCUCGAAUUGCGGAGCUUGCGGAAUUGGUCCGAGGCGAAGGUUACAACAAAAGCGCGCACAUGACAACAACAACAAAAGCAAUAAAUUAAUUGCAAUUUCUACAUACUCGAGCAACAACAAUAACAACAACAACAACAACAGCAGCAACAUGCAUCGGCAACAGCAACACAAACAUCAACAGCCAAAUAUCAAAGAGCAGCAACAACAACCGUCACAACAACAACAACAACAACAACAAAGUUAUCGCCAUCGUCGUCAUCGUCUUGGGAUCAAACAGAUUUGGCUGCCGCUUAUCAUUGCCUUCCUUUCACUGCAGCUCGUUUCAAUCGGGGCGGAUGAGAUUGAGGUGGUAAAGUCAGUCAAUGGCGGCGCCUCUGGAGCUGGCAACGAUGAGCUUACCUUGGUUAUCUCCGACCAUGACAAUGAGGUGGACCAGAUGGCACUUGAAUCGGAGCAGGAACAGCAACAACAACAGCAGCAGCAACAGCAACAACAGCAGCAGCAACAACAACAGCAGCAACAGCAGCCACCACAAUCGAUUGUCACCGUGCCCAAGGUUCAGGUGCACUAUCCACACAAUGGACCGCCAGCUCCUCCAAUGGGUCUCAAUCUGGGUCCAGCACGCAGCAACAAUCAUCAGAACAUACCCAUGAGCUUUGGCCAACCCUUCGGACCACCGCCGCCACCGGGAGCACAGUUCUAUAAGGGACCACCGCCGCCGGCACAGCGUUUGCCACCGCCACCACCACCCCCGCAGGUGCAGCAACAGGUGCAGGUGCAAUCGCUGCCCGAUCUGAGUGUGGGCGCCUCCAGCAACAAUGAGAUUUGGGCCUCGCCCGUUCAGGAUAUGCCCAAGAUCGUUUCGCUCGACGUCAAGUGCGAGAAGAAUGGCAUGAAAGUGUUUGUGCAAUUCGAUAAACCCUUCAAUGGCAUCGUCUUCUCCAAGGGUCACUACAGCAACAUGAACUGUGUGCACUUGCCCUCGGGUCUGGGUCGCAGCUCGGCCAGCUUUGACAUUGGAUUGCAUGAAUGCGGCACCGUUGGCAACACCGACAACUACAAUCAGGGCUACGGACAUGAGUCGGGCAACGGCGGCGCCGGUGCUGGAGCUGGCACGUACUUUGAGAACAUCAUUGUCAUCCAGUAUGAUCCGCAGGUGCAGGAGGUGUGGGAUCAGGCACGCAAGUUGCGUUGCACGUGGCACGAUCAGUACGAGAAGAGCGUGACAUUCCGUCCGUUCCCCGUUGACAUGUUGGAUGUGGUGCGUGCCGAUUUUGCCGGAGAUAAUGUCGGUUGCUGGAUGCAAAUUCAGGUGGGCAAAGGUCCUUGGGCCUCUGAGGUCUCUGGGCUGGUGAAGAUCGGCCAAACAAUGACAAUGGUGUUGGCCAUCAAGGAUGAUGACUCAAAGUUCGAUAUGCUGGUGCGCAAUUGUGUCGCUCACGAUGGCAAACGUGCGCCCAUUCAGCUGGUGGAUCAACGCGGAUGCGUCACACGGCCGAAGCUGAUGUCACGCUUCACCAAGAUCAAGAACUUUGGCGCAUCCGCUUCGGUGCUGUCGUAUGCCCAUUUCCAGGCCUUCAAGUUCCCCGACUCGAUGGAGGUGCAUUUCCAGUGCACCAUACAAAUCUGUCGCUAUCAUUGUCCCGAUCAGUGCAGUGCCGAGACGAAUCUGCAGGAUGUCCAUCACCUUCAAGUGGGUCCCGAAUCGCAAUACGGUCCGCCGCCGCAGCUCCAUGUGGAUGCCUAUCACGUGGCCAGCGCAAUUGGCAAGCGACGUGACGAACGUCGGGUGCAGCGACGGGCGCGUGCUGUAACCUCGGCCCCAUCCACGGAGCAGGUGGGUCUCAAUCGGAUCAUUAAGGUUGUGUCGUCGGGUGAUCUGACCUUUGCCAUUGACGAGCAAUCGACGGGCAAUAGCAGUGGCAACAGUGGAAGUGGCGUCGCUGCCAAUGGAAAUUCGCAGCCACAGACGAUGGUGUUUCCGUUGCGGGAGGAGGGUUUGAUUUGUAUGACAACGCCCGGAUUUGCCAUCACGUUAAUUGUGCUGUUGGGCAUACUGGUGACAUCGUGCCUCAUUUCCGCUGUGCUCUAUGUGCGACUGCGGCCAUUCUCGACGUUUGCGGCCAAGGAGCGUGCGGUCGCCUUUACGAAUCCCCAAUUGGCCGCCGGCGGUUUGCCUGUCAUCCAUUUGCCGGCGCCCGUUGAUGCGCUGGCGGGCACGUUGUCCAAGAAGCGAGCGCUCUCAUGAGCAACAGCAGCAGCCACACAUCAGCAGCAGCAGCAGCAGCAGUUGGAGGAAUGUGUUCCCCUCAAUUAGUUUAAUUUUUGACAACACACAAAUUAUUUAUUUUAAUUACAUUACAUUUAGUUCAUAUUCGCCGUUCACUGGGUUCCCUACAUCUCUCUCUCUCUCUCUCUCUCUCUCUCACACUCUGUCUCUCUCUCUCUAUCUUGUUCUUGCACUCGCACUCGCUGAAACUGUUACUUGAACUCUUACUUUCACUCUUUCACUUGGUGGUAGUCAUAAAGAAAUCAUAGUUUAAGCCUAGAUUCUACUUAAAAUCGGUGCUCACACAAUUUGUUGCACUCUUUCGCUAUCUCUGUCACUCUCUAUCUCUCUUUCUAGACUCUCUUUAAUAUAUUUUUACAUAGCACACACUUUAGUUGUUGUGUGUAUUUCAAUUAGUCACUAAAUAUUUUAAGUGCUUUAAAAACUUAGUCUAAGCUCCGCUUUGUUUUUAUGUUUUUUGUGUAUUCUUUGAAACAAAACGAAUUCCCCCAUGGAGCGUAUCUAAUUUAAACUUAUUUAUUUAUUUAUUUUUACCAACUAGUAUCUGCCCUGAAUUCCUUCUAAUAUUUAUUACGAGUAUUUAUUGACUUCCAAUUAUUUUUUUUUGUUUUUUUUUUGUGUAAUAAUUUACUGUAACUCCUGCAAAUAGAGGAACAAAUAUUAAGGCAAUCAAAACGGACGUGUUCAAUAAAACAUUAAAGCGUAUAAUUAUCAUUAUAUUGGAAAUUGAAAAUCAAACAAAUUUAGAGUAGUAUAACAACUAUUGGGUACUUUUUUGUGCUAUGAGUAUGUAUGCCAGCUCACAUAUAACCUUAUAUUAAAUUAAAAUCCACACACGUAACAUUAGCUUCAUUGUACUUAUUGUAUUGAGCGAAUCAAUAAACGAAGAUUUGAAAUGACUUUAUUACUCUCAAAUGAUU